CACUGAGCGUCCUAGAUAUCAAUAGAAUUUGUUUAACCAAUACUCAUCGAUUUAAUUUGUCUAUUAAUGAACUGUGCAUAUAUAUAUACACAUACACAUAUAUAUAACAUAUAGGUGAAACUAUGUUCGUCAAUAUACCUUAAGGAGGUCUUUCGUAAAUCUUGUUUUAAUGAAUAGAAAUACAGUGCUCUUGUUUAAUGUAGUUACGUAUCAUUUUUAUAUACAUACAUCGUUAGUUGAAUGAGGGCGCGACCGGUAUUUUCCAGUAGUACAAAUCCAAAAUGUCAGACAUCGAUAAAUGGAUAGAUAUCGCAAAAGAAUGCAAAUAUCUUCCGGAAAAUGAUCUUAAGAAACUCUGUGACAUGGUAUGUGAUUUGUUAUUGGAAGAGUCCAAUAUUCAACCUGUUUCUACCCCGGUAACGGUGUGUGGCGAUAUCCAUGGACAGUUUUAUGAUCUGGAGGAAUUAUUCCGUAAUGGAGGACCUGUGCCUGAUACAAAUUAUAUAUUCAUGGGUGAUUUUGUGGAUAGGGGCUAUUAUAGUUUAGAAACAUUUACACGCCUACUCACGCUUAAAGCAAAAUGGUCUGAUAGAAUAACAUUACUCAGAGGGAAUCAUGAAUCCAGACAAAUCACACAUGUAUACGGAUUUUAUGAUGAGUGUCAGAACAAAUAUGGCAAUGCAAAUGCAUGGAAGUAUUGCUGCAGAGUUUUUGAUUUGCUCACAGUUGCUGCCUUAAUCGACGAACAAGUACUUUGCGUACAUGGUGGAUUAUCUCCAGCUAUUUCAACAUUAGAUCAAAUUAGGACGAUUGAAAGAAAUCAAGAAAUACCACAUAAAGGUGCUUUCUGUGAUUUGGUAUGGUCCGAUCCAGAAGAUGUAGAUGGAUGGACGGUUAGCCCACGAGGAGCUGGUUGGCUGUUUGGAAGCAGAGUUACUUAUAAAUUUAUGGAAAUAAAUGACCUUAAGCUUAUUUGCAGAGCUCAUCAACUGGUACAUGAAGGCUAUAGAUACAUGUUUAAUGACAAAUUAGUGACAGUCUGGUCAGCUCCAAACUACUGUUACAGAUGUGGCAACAUAGCUAGUAUUUUACAGUUUACAACAGUAGAUCAUAGAUGUCCAGUGCUGUUCCAGGCAGUACCUGAUUCAGAAAGAGUGAUUCCACCCUUAACCACAACUCCAUACUUCUUGUGAUUUAACUUAGUAAUUCAUUUGUUUGGAUGCAGAGGAGAGAUAUCUGUGUCUAGACUCAAUGGAAUUACAUGAUUUUUGGAUAAUGAAUCCAGGCUGGUACUAUGACGGAGCAUAAAAUUCCCUAAAAUAUAUUACAGAAUAUUACAUUGCUUAGAAUUUUGAUCUCCUUUUGUUUUUUUCUUAUUAUUUUUAUUUUUUUAAUUUUUUUUUUUAAGUUUUUAAUGCUUUUCUAAUCGAACUGUAUAACCUGGCACGGGCAAUUUACAAUGUAAUUAUUAUGAAAAGGAUUUAAAGAUUUUUAAAGGAUUUUAUCAACUUUUGUACAUUAAAAUGCCAAUUUUUAUACGUAGCAUCUGCCAUUGCAUCAGCCUGAUUUCUCUAAUUUAAAAAUAUUUUCCAUUGGAAUAAAUGUGAACACUCUAUGGUCUAGACGCUUCGCUGUCUACUGUGUACAUUCUAUAGAGCAUUCGUAUCUCAGAGCAAUGUUGUGGACGUAUUGUCACAAAGGCUGAGGCUUUUUAAAUAAUUUAUGAACAUAAUUAAGUAAUGGUCCAACUAUGUGUGGAUGGAUAAAUAAAAGAUGUCAUUUAAACAUUCCGGCAUAUAAGACAGGCGCUCUGAGUACAAUCAAUGCUUCAUUGAUAUUAUGAUCGUUGUGCGUAGAAUUCAGGUUUAUUCAAGCGUAAGCGUAUAUACUAUCGUUAAGGUCUUCCUGAGUAAAUGAUACAUUUCUGAUUUAGUAAAUAUACUGGUAUGCUGCGUGCAAUUUUUUUAUUCUAGAUGCGCAAUCAGUGUUCUUAGCAGCAUAAAUUUGGCGUUUAUGCCAUGGUACAAAUAGUGUAUAGCAGUAGCCAAAGUUUUUCUGCCUAGGUAAGGGAAUCUACGAGAGGAUUGUAUUAUCUGUAAUUGUUUUUCUGUCUUAUUUUUUCUUCUUUUUUUCUUUCUUUUUUCUUGUCUUUCUUUUUUUUUUUUUUAAUCGUUUUUAUGCACAUGACAUUUUUUUUUUAUAUCAUCUUUUAAAUUCUGGGCUCAUUAUUAAUCAUCUGCAAAGUACUCUAAUCUAUCGGUAUUCAUUCAGAAAGCUCGGCCUUUUUAGCCAUUUCUCUCUUCUAUAAGUACAAAGCAAUAGUUUUGAAUAUUAUUAUAUUCUCCGCGUCUUUGUACAGUUUCCACGUUGUAUGCCAAAUUGCUGUUGUACUGAAUAAUCGUAUUAGCUAGUUUCUCAUAAGUUCAUUACUAUAGGGAGCAACUUGUAAAAAUCGAGACCCUUAGCAAUGUGCCUCUCUAAAUUGAUAAGCGUUUGUGUAAUAUAAUGAUAUGGUAUCGUAAACAUAAUUAAUGGGAACGCACUGGCCAUUGCGUAUUAUAAGCCUGAAUUCUGACCAUCGAUUGAUUAGCUCACGAUAUUCCUAAUUGAUCACAGACCCGAUAAAUAUCGCAUUGGCAUUUGGCACUGGUUGUCAAGUUGGAAAUUAUUCUAUUUUGAAUUUUGUGAUAUAGAUCGAACGAGGCAUGUGAACGUUAUGUCGACGUUUAUAACGAUUCUCCUUGUCGAAAUCGUUCGAAGAUGUUUUAAUAACUUGUUACUUCAAGGAAUAUAGUAAACAUUUGAACAGUGCCUUCAGAACUAUAAUACGACACGGUCUACUAGAAAUAAAUACUUUCUACCGACAGAUAGUAAUAGAAGUAAGACGAAUUAUAUGAAUGCCAGAGAGUUCAACAAGGACGUAUACAUACGUAUAUAAAAGAUCUCUUUAUCCGUUUCCGUUAAAAAACGUCGUACGAACAUCUAACUCUUCUAAUGAAAUUAAUUGCACAUAUCACGUAUUUUUUAUAUUAUAUCACUUAUGUGCUUUAGUGGACAAUUUUACAUUUUAACUAAUUGAACUGUCGUGGCGGUCGAUAAGAGAUUACCCGUCCGAUUCUUCAUUUUAUUUACAUAUCUCUUAUAUAUCAUUUUUAUUAUCUUUAUUCGAAAAGUGCAAGAACAAAAAGAGAGAGGGAGAGAAAGAAUGAAAGAAAGAAAAAAAGAAGGAAAGAAGGAAAGAAAGAAAGAAAGAAAGAAAGAAAGAAAGAAAGAAAGAAAGAAAGAAAGAAACAAGAAAAAGGGGAGUAAAAUGGCUCAGAGAUAGAUAGAGGAAGAGAUGAGAUGAGAUGAAACAAAUAAAAAAAAAAAAUGAAUAAGUAAAUAAAUAAAUAAAUAAAUAAAAGAGGAACCCGUCUUUGAGAUAAAUAAGUAGAUUUAAAAUAAAAUUCCGACCAUUCGAUGUAUUCGGUUUUCGUAAACAGAAUUGAAAAAAAAGGAAAGAAAAAAAUUCCAAUGAACGCGCGUUUUCAUGAUGAUUAAAUGAUUCGUUCGACAUAUUGCAUCGCAUGUUAAUAGAUCAUUAUUACGAAUGUCUAGACACGGAGUUUACGUUAUAAACUCGUCUUAUACAGUAUUUACAGCCUCCACAUUGUGUAAGCUAGAGGUGACGAGGAGGAGGAUUGAUGAUGUCCUAGGGUGCGCGCGCGAUUAUUCUACAAAUCUUUAAGUAAAUUCAAGUUUUGUGUGCGUGCCUAUGUCAAAAGGUACAAGCAGCACCUAGGUUCACCUCUGCAAUACAUCUGUCUGUGAUCGCUUUAAAUCUUAUCGAAGUGUCCAAGCGCUUGCGUUGCAAGUAGCGAGGAGUAUAAAGAAAAAAAAAAAAAAAAAAAAAAAGACUUCUUUGACCGUCUAAAUAACAAGACUAUUUAAGUUUAAUGCUCUGUGCAGGAGCUUGAACACUGCGCAUAAUCCUUAAAGAUCUCACAGGUAGACAUCAUUUUAACGAUCAUGUACCUUGAAAGUAUAGACUUUGUUAUGUUAAUGUAAUGAAAAACGUCUGUAAUAAAAAUACACGAGAAUUAAAGCUGCCAUCGUUUAA